AUGACCACGGAGGACCUCUCGAGAGCCUUGGAGACGGAUCCCAACAUGCCACUUUCAAGAGGUAAGUUGGCCAUCCCAUUUAUUGGGAAAGACGUGCCUUCACCCACCAAUGAGUUUGCUCAUCCGGACAUUGUCAUCGGCUUGACGAUCCUGGGCUACCGCUACGAACAGCUACGGCUCACGGACGUCGACGAGGUCAUGGUGCGGUUGUUGAAUGACGUGAGGAAGGAGCCUGGUCGACAACAGGACGCGAAGCGACCGAAGAUGACCGAAGCAGAACGGCGAAAGCACUUCGUCUUCAGACCUCCGGAAGCCGUCCCGAAAGCCCUCGCCUCGCAGGAUCGGCCCUCGGCGGUGCUGUACCGGCACUGGGUCACAGAUGCGGGUGGCUUCCUUUGCGUGCGGAUGCCCAAGCUGGAAAAAGCUGGUUUGCGCACUGGCACCCCUGAUGUACGCAACGAAGAUGGCUUUGUGGAGUUCGCCCUUUGUUUGUAUGUAGAGGAGGAGAAGGUUUUUUCCAGAGCCGCGCUGCCUGCCUGCGCGCGCUGCACCGGGCUUUUCCAGGACAUCUUUCAGCUCUUAAAGUCCUCCACUGCAGUGAUCCAAUGGUAUUUGGAGCAGCUGGUCUUCCCCAAAUACAUGAGGUUUCAAUCCAAGAAGCUAUCUGCGAGUGGUCAAGAACUGGGAGCUGAGAUGCUCUUCGCACGCCCGGGCCUACAAACUGUGGCAGGGUGCCAGAAUGGUCUCUCCAAAGACCUGUCGUUCUUGUUUGAAAGGACGUGCGAUUGCUUUCUUGGUGACUGGGGUAGCUUCGGUGUAGAAGGGCCGAAGGGCUCGAACUUCAGUUCGAGCCACGCUUCUCGAGCUCCCCAUCUCUCUUGCGGCCAAGCUGAUGGUAGGUCUGAACCUUCGAACUGUGUUCUUGUUGGGGAGAGAUUGGUUUUCUACAAUGUAGCACUGGAAUGA